AUGUUGAGAUCUCAGAUAUUACUUGUUCCAAGGAGUCUGGCUGUGCAGGCAGUGUCUAGAAGGGCACUUCAUUCCUCGGCCUACUCCAUGGCUGGCAACAACGGGCAGAAGUCGCCUUUGGAAGUAUUCUACGAUACUUUCAAGAACGAGUGGAACAAAUCCUCGGAGCUGAAGGAGAAUGUGAAGGCUCUGCAGAGUGCCACGGAUAAAAUGGCCGACAGUGAAGCUUUUCACAAGGCCAAAGAAGCAUAUGAGGCUGCGCAGAAGAGGAGAGGAGCUGCUUCGGAAGCUGUGAAGAAGACCGCCGAAGUGGUGGGAGAUGCCGCUGUCAAAGCAUGGGAUUCUCCAGUUGGAAAGGUUGCGCGUACGACUGUUAGAACUACUGCAGAAGUUGUCGACAAGGCAAUCGACCCCGUGCGGAAAACGAAGGUGUACAAGGAUGUGAGUGAGGUGAUUGAUGAUGGAUCUUCUUUCUAUGGUGGAUACGAGACCAAGGACAAGAGACAUCAGAGAAGAGAACAGGAGCUCAGCAGUGGAAAGAGACCAAAGGUGGUCAAAUCUAACGAGGAUUCGGGAACCGCAUUGGUUACUACCAACCACAAGUCUAGUGAUUCCAAGGUGAAGUUUUCGUUCUUCAAGCCAGAGUCUGCUGUUGGCAAGGUUCUUGCUGUUCUGAAAGAGAAAUGGGACGAGAGUGAUAACGGAUUCAUUGCUUUUUUGAGAACUGUUUUCGAGAAGAUCGCAGGCUUUUUCGACGAGACUGAGGCCGGUAAGGUUGUCAGGGCAUUCAAGGAGAUUGAUCCUUCUUUCAACACAGAGUCCUUUACUAAGGAAUUGCGUGAGUACAUUGUUCCUGAAGUGGUUGAUGCUUUUAUCCAGGGUGACGAGAAGACCCUCAAGAACUGGUUGUCAGAAGCUCCUUACAACAUCAUUGCUGCUCAGCAGAAGCAGCUCAGAGACCAGGGAUUGUUCUCUGAUGGUAAGAUCUUGGAUAUUAGAAAUGUUGACAUUGCUGCCUCGAAGAUUCUCUCGCCAAACAACAUCCCAGUCAUGGUAGUUGGAUGCAGAGUGCAGGAGAUCAACAUCUUCAGAAGCAUCAAGACCGGCGAAAUUGCUGCUGGUACUCAGGAGAACAUCAUGCUCAGCACUUAUGCCUUGGUUCUCACCAGAAUCCCCGAAGAUGUCGACAACAAGAUCACUGACGGCUGGAAGAUCUUGGAGUUUGUGAGAGGUUCUUCCAGAGAGUACACAUAG